CCCUGUAGAAAUAAUCAAUUGUUUAGCUUCUGGGUCAGAUAUUUCACAUUGUAGCGCCUCUCGCUGAUAACAAUCCGGACGAAAUGGGCUCCCCCUGCAUCUCCCACACAGAGGCGGCACGCUAGUUAACGGCGCUGGCUAGCUAACGUUAGCAAUGCUGCAAACGCCUCAUAAACUGUAAACUAAGUUGUCAAUCUGACUGGCACAACGGACAUUGUUCUCCAGGUGAAACUAAGUGGACAACAUUAAAGGGGCUCCAUUGCACUUGGAUCUGUUCUUCUCUGUCCCAGGUUCAGACUGCGUGGUCUAUGGCUCUGAUGGACAAACACAAACAGGUCAAGCGGCAGAGACUUGACCGCAUUUGUGAGGGUAUCCGACCCCCCAUCCUGAACGGGCCAAUGCACCCGCGGCCCCUGGUUGCCCUGCUGGACGGGCGUGACUGCACUGUGGAGAUGCCCAUCCUCAAAGAUGUGGCCACAGUGGCCUUCUGCGAUGCCCAGUCCACACAAGAGAUUCACGAGAAGGUGCUAAAUGAGGCAGUUGCUGCCCUGCUCUACCACACCAUCACUCUGUCUAGAGAUGACUUGGAAAAGUUUAAAGGCCUACGCGUAAUUGUGAGGAUUGGCUCCGGCUUCGACAAUGUUGACAUCAAAGCAGCCGCUGAGCUAGGCAUUGCUGUCUGUAACGUGCCAGCAGCGUCUGUGGAGGAGACAGCCGACACUUCGCUAUGUCUGAUCCUCAACCUGUACAGGCGAGUCACCUGGAUGCACCAGACCCUCAGGGAGGGAACCCGUGCCUCUAGUGUGGAGCAGAUCAGGGAGGUCGCUGGCGGUGCUGCUCGUAUCCGGGGCGAGACGCUGGGCAUUAUCGGUCUAGGGCGGGUUGGCCAAGCGGUGGCUCUGCGGGCUAAGGCCUUUGGUUUUGGCGUGAUCUUUUAUGACCCCUACCUGCCUGAUGGUGUGGAGCGCUCACUGGGACUUCAGCGCAUGGCCACUCUGCAGGACCUGCUUAUCCACUCUGAUUGCGUAUCCCUGCACUGCAGCCUCAACGAGCACAACCACCACCUCAUUAAUGACUUCACCAUCAAACAGAUGCGUCAGGGAGCCUUCCUGGUGAACACGUCAAGAGGAGGUCUGGUUGACGAGAAAGCGUUGGCUCAGGCCCUGAAAGAGGGGCGGAUACGAGGGGCUGCCCUGGACGUCCAUGAGACAGAACCUUUCAGUUUUUCAACAGGUCCUCUGAAGGAUGCCCCUAACCUGAUCUGUACCCCGCACACAUCCUGGUACAGUGAGCAGGCCUCUGUGGAGGCUCGUGAGGAGGCAGCCAGGGAGGUUCGCCGCGCCAUCACGGGGCGUAUCCCUGACAGUCUGAAGAACUGCGUUAAUAAGGAGUAUCUGAUGGCAGCGUCUCAGUGGCCCAGCAUUGAGGCAGCUACUGUUCACCCAGAACUUAAUGGAGCCGCUUACAGAUUUCCUCCAGGUCUGAUCAAUGUUGCAGCAGCAGGGGGUCUCCCAGGAGCUGGCACAGGGGUUGAAAGCCUUGUCUCAGGAACCCUGGCGCAUGGCAUCACCCCUGUCUCCCACCCCCCUCACGCCCCCUCCCCUAAUAAGGCCGAAGCCGACAGAGACAUCCCCUCCGACCAAUAGCCCCCCCUGCCGUCGCCAGCACAUUCCGUCGCCUCUGGAAACCUCCUCCCACCCCCACCUCCCAGCAUCAGACACAGCCCGACCCUCCAGUACAUCGGCAGCGCCAGUUUGACCUGAUGUGGAUCUACAGUCUUGUUCCUCAGAUCACAUAACCAGCCCAGGAGUGACCUAUCCACAGCUAGUCCCAUCUCCAUCCCAUCCGCACCCCAAAAACACACACAUCCCUCCAUCCUCGUCCUCAUAUCAGCCACUCACCUGCCAUCCCCUCCCCCCCUUCACUCCUCAACAACGUCAGCAAUAACUGUGUUCUCAAGGAUUCAAUGAUUUGAUUGGUUUAUAUCCUUAGUUGGCUGUUGUUUUUAAUGGAAAGGUGACCUGUUGUGGUUAUAGGUAUUAAUGUUUGUUUGUAAAAAAGAAAAAGAAAAAAAAAGUUGCAUUUCUGACUUGAGGCUUUACAAUCUGCUGCCUCCUGCAGUCCUCCUCUGACUCUAACCAUAGAGCACAGAGGCAGAAAGGUUGAAGCCCCCCUUUGUACAUUAAUGGCUCGUGUUACUGCUCUUUUCUUCUUUUCUUUUUUUCCUCCCCCCGCCCCCCCUCAACAUUUCUUGUGAUGGGGGAAAAUGUGUACUAAAGUAAACCAGACAGAAUCACAAACAGUACAUCCUGUCCUCCCCGCCAGGCGUCUAGCUGCCCCUCAGCACAGUUUGGCCCUUAGCUCUCCCUGGCAGUGUCGUCCGCUUGCUCAGCAGAAAACAAAACCUAAUGCUAUCAGUGUGGAGCUCUGUCAGACUAUCAAAGUGUAUUGUAUCUGCUCAGCUCAUGCUUAGUGAUACCCAACAUGCUUUACUGCUGUGGUUCUAGUUUAAGGACAGUCAACCCGUUUUUUUUUUUUUUACUAAUGCUUUGCCCCUCAUGGAUUGUUUUGUCAUGAGAUAACAGCGUUUUAUCAGAUAGCACCUAGGCAUGAAUUGCAUCUCGUGCCAGCAGCAGGACUGCUAUGUCUGAGCUCUUUACAUAUGGUGCCCACACGGAAUCAAACGCUGCAGCUGUCUCUGGCUGGAGAACCGCAGCAUGCCAGAGGCCUCGCCAGCAGAGGGCACUGUCUAACUGCUCAGAGCUGAGAGAGAGAGAGAGAGUUGCACGCAGCUAACUUCAGUCAGACAGAUAGUUACACGUUAGCUGUAGUGAUGAGAAAGAAGAACAUGAUCACACACUGCCAACGUUCAGAACACAAGAUGGGUGACCAGGGAUCGACUACCGCCUUAUUGUUUAAUAAGAUCUCACUGCACCCUACCACCACCCUGCACCCACCCACCCUCCCUCCACUCCCCUCCCACUGUCAUGGCCCACCCUACACAUCUGCUCAUGAACCAGUUUGCAUCCACCAAUUCCUUUUAAGCGUAAGGGGACAGUAGAGUUAAGUUUCUCUGUAGGAGCAAGGGGACAGUGUUCUUGCAUGCUGGCUUUGUUAAUGACAGUGGUAUGCGUGCGCGCGUGUGUGCGUACAUUUGUGUGUACAUGGGUGUGUGUGUGGGUUUUGUAUGUGCGUUUGUAUGUUCCCUCACCCUCUUAUAACAAGCUAUGGUCUUUCCAAAGGAAUAGUCCCUUAGGAGUAACUCUUUAACGCUGUUGCCCUGGUGUCAAGGGAACACCUUUCUAGUACCUCAGUAACAGAUAUUGAAUGUACCGUGCAUACCCUUUUAUUUUUUGUACAGAUUUUCUAGAUACUUCUUUACUAUUCUUUACCAAAAGGGUUGUGAAAUUGUAGCAGUAAUGAUACAAUGGAAGAACAACAAAAAAAAAGCAUCGCCCCAGGAAAUGAAAUUAAUUGACAAAAUCCGUUUAGGUUCCCUAUAGGUCACUGAAUACUCAGGCUUCGAAACCAAUGCGUAUCUCUUUGCCUUUACCUUUUAUUUCCUCAUUGUGGAGACUUCAGCAACGCUUUCCCAUUCUUAGACUUCAGACUGUAGUUGAUGUGUUUCAACCUCCAUCUUACUGGCUAUUGAAAAAGAAGGAAAAAACAAAAGGCGGUCGUCGUGGUCUGCUUUUUUUU